AAAAAAGAACAUGCAUAUAAACGACGGCGCAUCAUAGCAUCUUAUCUAGGGUUUCAGUCACCCCCAGGCCGCAGAGAGAGCGUACUUAAACUAGCAUAGGAGAGACAAAGGUAUUGUUUUGCCUCUGGUAGUCGCCGUCUAUUCGCCGUUUCAACAAUGAUCAUUCCAGAGAAGAACCGGAGGGAAAUCUCCAAAUAUCUCUUUCAAGAGGGUGUAUGCUACGCGAAGAAGGACUACAACCUCGCAAAGCACCCCGAAAUCGAUGUCCCCAACCUGCAGGUGAUCAAGCUCAUGCAGAGCUUCAAAUCCAAGGAGUACGUGCGCGAGACCUUCGCUUGGAUGCACUACUACUGGUAUUUGACCAACGAUGGCAUUGAAUUUCUCCGAAAUUAUCUCAAUUUGCCUUCCGAGAUCGUUCCCAAUACUCUGAAGAGAUCGGCUCGCCCUCCCGGUAGACCUCUCGGUGGUGGUCCGCCCGGUGAUCGCCCUCGGGGUCCGUCUAGAUUUGAAGGAGAUAGACCAAGGUUUGGUGACCGUGAUGGGUAUCGUGGAGGUCCAAGAGGGCCUCCAGGUGAGUUUGGUGACAAGGGAGGAGCUCCAGCUGACUACCAACCCUCAUUUAGGGGUCCUGGGGGAAGGCCUGGUUUCGGUCGUGGAGGUGGCGGUGCUGGGCCAGCUAGUGAAAGUUUUUCUUAAGAGGUGUGUGUGGUAGUAGUUCAAAGCUCUUUGAUUGGCCCUUAAGGGAUCUGACCAAAGAAUUUUGGUUGUUCUGUUUCUUUGAAAAUAUUCUAGACCAUUUCAUGGUUCUAUAUAAGUUUGUAUUGUGAUAUGCAUUUUUGUUCUUUUUGACUGUUUGUACUUUUUAGUACCAUGGAACCUAUUGACACUAUUACUUAUGUGGUUUAAAUCUAUUUCCAAGAUCACUGCUGUUACCAUUUA